CAGCUAACCAAUGUACUCCUUCCUCUGUUUGUCUGUCCUAGGACCACCGCCAGAGCACAGGGUGGCAGUCAGGCUCCACAGGCCCGUACCCGGCCCCUCCGCCUCACAGCUGGACCCUCCCCUGCUGAAGACGGUGCACAUCCCCAAAUCCAUGAUGGGCGCCCCCUUCCUGCAGUACCCGGAAUUGACGGCAGGGCAGAAGAAGUACCUGUGCAGCAUCGCCAACAUCUACAGCACCGAGGGCAUGCGCGCGCUCAUCAGGCGGCAGUACGCCAACAUGCUACCCGAGCGCACAAGUCACCAUGUCUUCCAUGAAAAUCGGUGCCCCCAGAGGACGCGAAACGAGCCGACAGCCCAAAGAAGCGCAAAAGCAGACGUGGAGCACGGAGUCAAGCGCUUGGGAAGCUGCCCGGCCAACACUCAGACGGCUCAGUGGGGCAAAACCAUUCUUCCCAGGAUAGUGGACCACCGGCAGAGAAAGAAAACCAGCUCUGCAGCCACAUCUCAAAGCAAGACCAGAACGGCAAAUGCCAGCAUAGAGACUUCCAAAUCUUUCAAAGAUACGUAUGGAAAGGAGAGCCCUGAAAAGGAGGACCUAAACCAGGAGGAAGAGUCACUGGAUAGUAACACCGACAUCUUAGCAGUCGAGGAAAUGAAAGACAGUGACGCACAAAACCCUGACAACGGAACUGUGAAUAAGGAAGACGGUGAAGCUGCCUGACAGCAGAGAAAAAAAAAAACCCCAAAGUGCUCAAUAUACCAAAUUGUAGAACCCAAUUUAAACUACAGAACAAGAAAAUUGCUGUUUAUAUUGCUAUUACAAUGUGCAAUUAGAGAGCACAAAAUGUGUGUUUCAAUGUUACUCCCUAAAUACACCUGCAGCUGGUAUAUUUUCUCUAUUCAAUAUGUUAAUC